AACAAAAUUCCUGAAAGCUAUAAAAUUUUAGGGAACCAAGAUUGUUGAACUUUGAAGUGUAAUCCGUACCGAGUUUAUACAGUUUUGUCCAUUCCGCAUCGUCAUUUCCAUUAUAAUUCUUACUCCUUGUGAUUCUUAGCUUCUAAUUCAAAUUUUUACGUGCGUCAUCCAUCACAAUUUUGUGUUUGCUUUGUCAAUAAUGAAGUAUCAAGGUGUUGUCUCCUACUUGUCAAGAAUUCAUGUCAUCGGCGCUGGCUCUGUGUCAAUUUGAAAGUUUUUGUUUAUGAACAGUACAAUGUAUUCAAUCUUUGAGUUACCAGUUCUCUCGUCCAAAUGACACUUGUAGGUAUGCUGAGAAAGAACAAGUGAGGAGUUAUUCAAUCUUUGAAGAUUUUAAACAUCACUAUGUCUCGUCCAGAUAAGAUGAAAUCUGGAGGCUUCUUGGACCAGCUGUUUGGCAGGCCCAAGAAAGGGUCGGGGAGAAUUCCUGGAGCUCCUAUACCAAGACCCAACUCUGAUUCUGAUUUCAAUGAACUGGAGGAACAGGAAUUUUUCAUCGAACAUUUAGAUGACAUCGCUCUCAAUGAUAAAUUUGAAGACAUGCUCAAUGAUAUGAACCUAUCAGAAGAAAAAAAGGAGCCUUUGAGGUGUCAACCAAUGAUGAACAAGAAAAAAAUGCUCAUAAUGCAUUACAAAGGAACCAUUCAUCAAGAUAACAGGAAUAAGUUUGACAAACCUGCUGAGUACAUCCAGUACCUGAGUCAACCGGACCUGAGUGUCAAUAAAAUUUACGGUUGCAUCGAGUCUUUGCGGAUCGCCCUCACAAAUAAUCCAUUGAGCUGGGUCAACGAAUUCGGGACCUCAGGACUGAAAACUGUCCUUUCGAUUUUAAACGAGUGUUACCGCAACGAUAGUAGAUAUGAUCGCAUUGAGUAUGAGUGUGUGCGAUGUUUAAGAGCGAUAAUGAACAACACUGUUGGCUUGAAGCAAAUGUUCAGUCAAAAGCAAGCUCUCACUAUUGUGGCAAGGUCUCUUGAGCCCACAAAACCUCCUGUUAUGCUUGAAACGGUGAAAGUACUCGCGGCUGUUUGUUUGAUCCCUCCAGACGGGCAUGAAAAAGCGCUGGAAGCUAUCACCAUGAGUGGUGAGAUGAAAGGUCGCACCAGAUUCCAGCCUGUCGUACAGGGCCUUCUUGUUACGGAGAAUGAACCUUUGCGGGCUGCUUGUUUGCAACUAAUCAAUGCCAUCAUAGAAACCCCAGACGAUCUAGAAUUUAGGCUACAUUUAAGAAAUGAAAUUAUGCGAGCUGGACUCUGUGAUAUUUUAGAGACUUUAGAAAAAGAUGCCAGUGAAGAUUUAAUGGUCCAGCUAAAAGUCUUCAUUGACCAUAAGGAAGAAGAUUACUACGAAUUUAUACAAAGGUUUGACAAUGUAAGGCUUGACAUCGACGACAUCAACGAGUGUUUCGAAGGAGUCAAGAACAUUGUGAUGGACACGACUGCAGAGCCAUAUCUUCUCUCAAUUUUGCAGCAUUUUUUAUUUAUCAGGGAUGAUUGUUAUAUCAGGCCGGCGUACUAUAAGUUAAUAGAAGAAUGUGUUUCUCAAAUUGUCUUACAUCGAAGUGGCGUUGAUCCAGAUUUCAAAUCAAAUAGAAGAUUCCAGAUAGAUGUUCAACCCUUGAUAGAUACUUUAGUUGAAAAAUCGAAGAUAGAAGAAGAAAGAAAAUUAGAUGAGUUAAAUAGGAAAUUAGAAGAAGCAAUUGCCAUGCGGCAAGAAGCUGAAGCCAAAUUAGUUCAAGCCGAAAAAACGAUCAGUGAUAUGCAAGCAGGUGGCGCAAAAGUUCCCAAAGGACCAAGUUUACCACCUCCACCUCCAGGUAUAGCGAAUGCAGGGAUGCCGCCUCCUCCUCCUCCACCGCCCAUCCCUGGCAUGGGCGGAGGUCCUCCCCCUCCACCUCCGCCCCCAGGGCCAGGUAUGGGUCCACCACCACCCCCCAUGCCAGGCAUGGGUCCGGGCCCCCCUCCUCCCCCACCACCCCCAGGCAUGGGUCCACCACCUCCUCCAGCUUUCGGUGGGCUACCAAGUAUGGCACCGAAACUCCCGGAUGCCUUGCCGUAUGGGCUCAAACCGAAGAAGAAGUGGGAGGUGGAAGGAAUAAAACGAGCUAAUUGGAAAACGAUCAUACCUCAGAAACUAUCGGAAAAGUCAUUUUGGGUCAAAGUGCAGGAAGAAAAAUUAGCAUCACCUGAAAUUCUGAAUGGACUCGCUCAAAAAUUCUCUUCCAAACCAAACAUAAAGAAACAAAAUGAAGUAGUUGACAAGGGCGCAACAAUGAAGAAAGUGAAAGAGUACAAAGUUCUGGAUGCCAAGGCAGCACAAAACCUUAGUAUCAUGUUAGGUGGUUCGCUGAAGCAUCUAUCGUACCAGAAUGUGAAAAAUUGUAUACUAAGAUGUGAUACUACCGUUUUAACUGGCAGCGUACUAGAGCAACUCAUAGCGUACUUGCCUCCUCCUGAUCAGCUUCGAAGGUUGCAGGAACUAGGCCCCUCGCAGUACAACUCUUUACCAGAAGCUGAACAGUUUUGUAUAACGAUAGGAGAAAUUAAACGCUUACUACCCAGGCUCAAGUCAAUGGCUUUCAAAUUGCAUCAUCCGGAGAUGGUCCAAGAUAUCAAACCUGAAAUUGUUGCUGGAACUGCAGCCUGCGAAGAGGUCAAGAAAAGUCGAAAGUUUGCCAAAAUACUAGAAUUAAUUUUACUAAUGGGAAAUUAUAUGAAUAGUGGAUCAAGAAAUGGUCAAGCUUUCGCUUUCGAGAUGAGCUUUCUACCUAAGCUAUCUGCUACGAAAGAUAUAGAAAAUAAAACUACGCUUCUACAUUAUUUAGUCGAUACAAUAGAAAGGAAGUUCCCAGAACUCCUCAAUUUCAAUGAAGAGCUAGCGCACAUAGACAGAGCUGCUCGGGUCUCAACAGACACAAUCCAAAAAUAUCUUCGGCAAAUGGAUGCAAACUGUCGUAAUUUGGAAACAGAUUUGAGCAAUUGUAAAAUGCCUCAAUGCGACGAUGAUAAAUUCAUUGAAGUUAUGGCACCGUUCGCCAAAGAAGCCUCGGAACAGUGUGCAUUACUCAAAAAUAUGCUUUGCAACAUGGAAACUUUGUAUGCGGAUUUAGCAGAAUUCUAUGCCUUUGAUAAGCAGAAAUACCCAUUGGAAGAAUUCUUCACUGACUUAAAAACUUUCAAGGAUGCCUUUAUGCAAGCGCAUAAAGAAAACUUGAAAAUCAAGGAAGCAGAAGAAAAGAGUAGAAGGGCAAGGGAGGCAAGAGAAAAGACUGAAAUGGAAAGGCAUGAAAGAGCAGCAAGGAAGAAAGCACUGAUCGACAUGAACGCAGGUACACAAGAAGGUGUCAUGGACAGCUUGUUAGAGGCGUUGCAAUCCGGAACUGCAUUCACGAGGGAGCAGCGAAGGAAGAGGAAUGUCCCUAGACCUGCAGGAGCUGAAAGACGAGCUCAGCUGAACCGCAGUAGAUCCAGGACGGGCUUAGUCGGCAGGGAGUUGAGCAGUGAAAUUUACGGAAACUGAGGAUGGAAAUGGGAAGAGGAACAUCCUCUUUAGCAAGUUUGAUGAGUAAAUUAAAUUUUUACUUUCAUUUGCGAUGAAUCGGCCUUGAAGAUUUCAUUAGGAGUAAAAUAAUUUUUCAAUCUUGUGAUACUCACACGUCUAACUUUGACUGCUGCCAAAUGUGCCGACCUUCGCCUUCACUCUGUUCCCAUUGGUCUCGUAAGUUUUUAGACUGUAAGAUUUGCCUUGUGGCGUUUUCACAUUCCUCUUAAAUAGCAUUUCUUUUUAGAUCAGUUGUUAAUAUGAAAAGAGAUGUUUUGGCUUUUUUUAUUUACCAUUUCUUCUGGCACAAUGCCAUUAGGAUCAAAAAAAGGGACAUCAUUUUUUUCGCUUCCAUUCCAUACAUUUGUAUAUUCAAUGAUGGAAUGUACUGAUACGGUUUCAGAUAGGGGCUUUUUGAUCAUUGUCUCUUCCGAAAUAGCAGUAUCACCAUUAGCAUUGAUGAUAUCCUAAGGAAUAAACGCUUUCCUAUGCCAUUACUGUCUCGGUUGGAAGUUUCUCCUUCAAUUGUUUGAAGUACUCAACAUUGAAAAGCUUGUGAAGCUUUUGAUUGGCCAAGAUAUGCACGAACUAAGAAUGUUAUUAAAAAAACAUUUCCUGCCAUGUGAGCUAAAAAAUUAAUAUAAGGUCCCCAAAGAAACCUAUGCAGGUUUGAUGAUGUAAAAUAGCAUCGUGUCACCAUUAUCCAAACAGAAUUAAGAUUCACACUUUUUUUCACAUCCAAGUGACGUUAUCUAUCAAAUAAGUGCUAUGUACUCAAAUUAUCUGCAAGUGUUGUCAAGGGAGAAUAUUAGGUCUUGUAUCUUGUUGCAUUUCAUUGUAUGGAAAAUUUGUCAGCUCAACGAACAGACAUGCAAAAGGCUUAAUUCUGGGUUACAUUCAUGCCUACAAUUUCUAAAGUUAGUGAUUAUUACAGGCAAGUGAUACCUUCACUCUGUAUUUUAUGAAAAAAUGAGAACUUCAGAUAACUUGAGUUGGUCACCAAGUAGUAGCCUUUUGAGCUUACCGAUUAAACGAUAAUUGAGAGAAUUCGUUGGAGGUUGAAGUGGUCUUCAUGAACAGGGUGUCUAUUGGUCUGAACAACUGGGGAAACUGGGCAUUGGCAGAGAAUUCCAUCAAGUCAGGGAAAAGUCAGGGAAUUUCAUGCAAAAGCAUAGAAAGUUGAUAAAUCUGAUUAUUUGAACUCUGAAAACACAUCGGCUGUCCUCACAAUCAAACUUAUUUGAACUGAACUACUUAGGGGCUCAAUGCUAUGAGUUUCUCUCUAAACAGUAAACAGAAUAAUAAGUUUCAAUAAGAAAUUGCAACCAUAGUUAAUUAAAUUAUUCUUAUUCUUAAAAAAACGAAAAAAGUCUACAUAUUACUGCAAUUUUCAGUGAAAGCAAUGCCAAAAAUUGUUCAUUUUCAGUUUUCUGCAUGAAAAUUGUCGAUGUGAAAAGUCAGGGUAUUUUCAUAAGUUUGGUCAAAGGAAACCUGGAAAAUAAGAAUUAAAGAAAAUAAGAGAAUUUUUUCCUCCAGAAUCUGUAGACACCCUGAUGCUUCUUGUUGGGUCCAUCGUUUUAUAAAACCUCAAAUGGGCUACUAGAUUAGGUACGAAUAAAUAUACUACAUCACUUAUUUUCUCUGCAAAAGUUAACGCAAAAUACCAAUGCACAUGCUGAUUCAAUCAUUAACGUCAGUAGUUUCCCAAAAUUCAAACACUGCUGUUUAAAAUACAGAAUUAGGACUGCUGAAGUUGAAAUUUGCUAAGCUGAGACAUGGCAGAAAUGUUAGUCGGGUAAGUUGGGGCCUUUUCAUGCACUUGUGUCGUAUCAUUUUAUUGCCUUUAAACACCUCCCUCCCUUCCAAUGUAUCUUUUACAGCUCUUCCCUUGACUUCCUUAGAACCUAGAGGUUUUCUUUUCAUGAAGUGUCAUAAUUGUCUGUUGACUAUGAACUUUUCAUCGAGGAAGACAUCGAGACUUCUUUUUAUCAAGAAAACUAUAUAUUUAUGUUUAUGAAACUUUUUACACAAUUUGUUAAGUAACACUCUUUUGAGUGGAUGGACGGACUCAUUUGCUCCAUAAGCCUUUUAAAAUAGGCGCUUUUCCCUUUAUUUCGAAGGUUAGUAUUUUUGUAGACUCAAACGGAGAUUAUACAUUUUGUAAAUCAUUAUUUAUUAAAUUGACACCAGUCGAAAAUUCAUCGUUAUUUUUAAUUAUUUACACAUUGAGCUACACCAAUGGUUCUGCUGCAAACUUUUACUAGAGCGAAAUAAAGAGUUGCUUGCAUUUUAUGUGUUAACAGGGUGUGUAGUCUUGUGUUUAAAAUUGUGUUCAAGGAGGAGAAUGAAAAGAUUCCUCAAAAAAAGUUACAACUUUUUAUCAAUUUUUAUACAUUUAAUUUUUCCUACAAUUUGUGGGACACUUUGAGAGAAUCUUUAUUUUUCUAAGACAUUUUUCAUUUUCCAUAUUCUGUACGAAUUUUGAGCUUUGAUGAAUUUUUUUUUUUUUUUUUUUUUGAAUGGUAACUGAAGUGUCUUCAUCUUUUCUUCCUUCUUUUUUACACCACAAUAUCAGGUUCAAAUUAAUUUCAACGCAAAAUGUUGGAAGUUUGACAUGUAAGUGUCAUUUUGUUUCAAUACUCGCUUUUUAAGUGAGCUUAGUACCUCUGUAAUUAUUUAUUAAUUCCCUUUGAACGAGCCAGGAACUUUGUUUAUCGUGUUAUUAUUGUUUCUCUCUCUUGUUCUAAUGCUGUCUAGUUGUUAUUAAGUACGAAUUUAUCAAUUCACAAAGUUUAUAAACUGUAAAUGUGCUGUUAUUUCUGUUAGGCAUUGUUCCAAUUGUAUUUAUAAAUCAGAUAGCCCGGAAAACCUAGAAAUUGUGAUGUACAUACUUUUACCUAUACAUUGCAUGUUGAUCAUGCAAACUAAAAGAAGCAAGAAUUAUUUUUAUAAAUUAAAUGUUUAAGUUAAUGACUUAGAUAUGCACCAAGUCUGGAUAUUGCCUUCCGAGCCAAACCUCGUCAUACUUUUAUAAUUAUUGUUAUUAUUACUUUUGAUUAAUAAUUUAUUAAAUCCUUAGUCAUUACUCAUCGCA